GAGUGAAAAGCUGUUGUUGUCCCAACGAUUGGCUCCCCAUGAACAGGCUGUGCUACAAGGUCUUUGAUGACAAAAAGAACUGGAAUGAUGCAGAGAUGUUCUGCAGGAAUUACAAGCCAGGCUGCCACCUCGCCUCCAUCCAUAGCAGGGCAGAUUCCGCUGAACUGGCCGAGUACGUCUCCGACUAUCUCAAAAGUGACGGAGACGUCUCGAUCGGACUGAACGAUCCACAGAAA